AUGUCAUUGGGGGUGAAAUGGGUGUUUAGAACAAAAUUCAACCCUGAUGGUUCUGUAAAAAAGCACAAAGCAAGGCUUGUUGUAAAAGGAAGCAACCUAGCACUAAUUGAAGCAUUCAAGCAAGAAAUGAAAAAGGUCUUUGAGAUGACAGAUCUUGGUCUUAUGACUUAUUUUCUAGGCAUGGAGAUCACUCAAAAGAAGAAUGAGAUUUUUAUCUGCCAGAAAAAAUAUGCAAAGGAGAUUCUAAAGAAAUUUCACCUUGGUAAAUGCAAACCAAUGAACACUUCAAUGAAUAAAAAAGAGAAGCUUAUCAAGGAGGAUGAAACAGAUAAAGUUGAUGAAGCUUAUUUUAGAAGUUUGAUUGGGUGUCUAAUGUAUCUUACAUCCAGAAGGCCUAACAUCUUAUUCCCAGUUAGCUUGUUGUCAAGAUUUAUGCAUUGUGCUAGUGAACUGCACUUGAAGGAAACAAAGAGAAUUGUAAGAUACAUCAAAGGAUCUGUCAGUUAUGGAGUUAAGUACUACAAGGUUCAAAACUUUAAAUUAUUUCGUUUCUUUGACAGUGAUUGGGCUGGUAGCUUGGAUGAUAUGAAGAGUACUUCGGGAUACUGUUUUAGUAUGGGUUCAGGUGUUUUCUCUUGA